AUGUCCAUGAGAUUGAUCCUUCGUCCUGUGGUGCGAAUCCCACUCCUCCGCCCCCAGAUCCGUCUUGCUACUACAAACCCUACGCAUGUCCAUCCAGACGGUAACCUCGGCGGUCCGGGAGGUCAGCAGCCCCCACCUGCACGCCCCGGCGGUCCGGAAGCCAUCACAAGAAACUGGAUGCCCAUCGCUGCUGCUGCAGGUGUGAUCGCAGGCGGCGUGUACAUCAUGCUCCCCACGCGAGGAAAACCCCCCGAGAGAACUCUCGAGAGCGACAUGGUAGCCGCCAACUCGACGGCGAUUGGAUACAUCGGUCAACCAUCUGGAAAACCAGGUAUUGCUUCUCAUUACAGGGAGCUUCGAGAUGGGAAGGAAGUCGAGUCGAUGAAGGAGUUGAGUGGGAGAAAAGGCGGUGGUUCAAUGGGUCCUUUCAGGGCGGAAUAA